AUGUCUUAUAACAAAAAAGGUAAGAAAGGUAAGCAAGGACGAAAAAGCAGAUUGAGAGAUAUCAAUGAUGAGAUUAUGGCACAACUAUCCAUUGAGGAAACCGGAACUGAACAAAUGUCCAGUAAUUCCAGCGAAAGUUCAAUCGUAUCAUUUCAUUCAUCAACAGAAUUAGGAACCAAAACAGCUACAUUUAUUUUAGAAGAAAUGAUUAUCAAUUCAAACUCUUCUCAAUCCAAAAAAAAACUAACACAAUCAUCUCACGAUGAUAAAUCUGCUAGUAAAAGUUCUUCAAGCUCAACUUACAGUACUACUAUUACUAAUACCGCUAAAAAUUACAGUGAUGAUAAUGCUUCGGGAAAAUGUGACACAAAG